UUAGCGCAAUGAUGCUCACACUGCACCAUCACCCUCACCCUCACCCUAAAAACUUUAAGGACCAAAAAGGGGAAAAGAAAAAAAACAAGAAACCAAACAGCCCAGCAUCAACAUGCUUGGCUUCAUCACCAUCUCUAUGCUAAUACUAUGUAUAUAUUUUUUGGCUACGGUGGUUGGGCAAAUUAUUUGGUAAACCAAUCACAUUCCUCCACCUUCAAAUUCAUUUAUUUUGCUUUUCCCUGUUUUUCUGCAACGGUGGUUUAUGUCCAUUUCCUCAAAGCAGAAUUCCUGGGAGAGGUUUUGCUGAAAUUGCUCAAGGUUUCAUUUUUCUUCUUGUUCUAAUACUUCAUAGAAAUAGAGAGAGGAAGAUGGGUUUGCUCACAAACAGAGUGGAGUGGAGUGCGAUCAAGGCAGGGGAUCAUAUCUAUACUUACAGAGCAGUCUUUGCAUACUCUCAUCAUGGCAUUUUUGUCGGGGGCAGCAAAGUGGUUCAUUUUACCCGUGUUGAGACCUCUCCCAGGCCCAACGACGAAGCACACAGCCUGACUGCACAAUGUCCCACGUUUCCUGAUUGUGGUUUUAGGCAGCCAAAUAGCGGAGUCGUCCUCUCCUGCCUUGAUUGCUUCCUUCGAAAUGGUUCCCUUUAUGCCUUUGAGUAUGGAGUCAGUCCAUCCAUUUUCAUUGCUAAACUGCGAGGUGGCACAUGCACAACUGCAGCCUCAGACCCACCAGAGACGGUUGUUCAUCGAGCUAUGUAUCUGCUUCAGAAUGGAUUUGGGAACUAUGACGUGUUUCAAAACAACUGCGAGGAUUUUGCCUUGUACUGCAAGACAGGACUGCUCAUAGUUGAUCGGCUGGGUGUCGGGAGAAGCGGGCAAGCAUCCUCCGUCAUUGGUGCACCAUUAGCAGCGCUUCUUUCCUCCCCUCUGAAAUUGCUAAUGCCUAGUCCAGUUGGCGUGGCUACAAUGACGGCAGGAAUGUACUGCAUGAGCAGAUAUGCAACCGAUAUUGGUGUCCGAUCUGAUGUUAUCAAGGUAGCGGUCGAGGACCUGGCCGUGAACCUUGGCUGGGGGAAUACUGAAGAAGCAUCCAUAGAAAAUGUGAAUUCUAACAGGUAACUCAUCAGGCGAUGGCAAUGUCAUUGGACUAGAUAUGACAUCUCUGGCUACAUGUAGUCAGCCAUAAAUAGAACUGUAACUGACAGAAGGCGUGGUUGGUCCGAUUUAUGCUGUUAGAGUGUGAUAGAAACUGUAAUUUGGAUUUGUGAUUUUAGUUAUUUUUGUUGAUUAAUUCAGUUAGCUUUUACUGGACUAUCAUCAAUUAGCUUCCCUUACACUUCUCGUGUGGCAGCAUGUGCUGCAUAUCCUACACAAGUUCUAUAACCUGAAUUGAAUCCUAAUCCGGGUA